UUUUUUUUUUAUUAUUUUGAACUCAUUACUUAGUAGUUCGUAUACAUCACUUUUUUAAUUAUCAGUCACAACAAAAAAAAACAUAUUAUAUAAUAUACAAUGGAUGACAUGAGUAGUGGAUCUGAUAGCGAUUACGCCAAAUACUGGAUUGAUUGGUUUUUGAACACCAAAGGCAACGAAUAUUUUUGUGAAGUGGAUGAAGAAUAUAUAUUGGAUCGAUUCAAUUUGACUGGACUCAACACAGAAGUACAACAUUAUUAUUUGGAGGCUUUGGAUAUGAUUACAGAUAAUUUGGAUGAAGAUAGUUUGGAUGAAAAAGUAAGAGAACAAGUAGAAAAAGCAGCACGUCAUUUAUAUGGAUUGAUUCAUGCACGAUUCGUUAUCACUACAAGAGGUUUAGCUAAGAUGUUGGAUAAAUACAAGAAAGCUGAAUUUGGUCGUUGUCCUAGAGUACUUUGUAAUUUACAACCUUUAUUACCAGUUGGAUUAUCAGAUGUUCCUAUGACGAAAACUGUUAAGCUCUAUUGUCCUCGUUGUGAAGAUAUCUAUAAUCCUAAAUCAUCAAGACAUGCUUCCAUUGAUGGUGCUUACUUCGGUACUUCUGUUCCUCAUAUGUUAUUCCAAGUGCAUCCUUCAUAUUUACCAACCAAAUCUUAUGAACGAUAUGUCCCUCGUAUCUUUGGUUUCAAGGUUCAUGAAAUUGCUGAACAACAUAGGUGGCAAGAUCAAGCUCGUGAACAAUUCGAAUCAAAACUCAAGGAAGAUCAACAAAAUGAAAAAAAAUGAAAUAGUAGAAUAAAAAAUAUUUAUUGUUUUAUAUAUUAUAUAUUAUAAAUGUAUGUGUUGUCAG